UGUUACACUUACACCCUGUUGUUCACCUUAUGAAUUAUUCAAUACGACUUAGAUGCAUGCAAACCUCCACAACUACAUAGACGUAAAAAAGCUUCAUAGCAUAAUAACUGCUUUAAAAUUAUCAAAAUUGUCCUAAGAAGUUUGGAUUUUGAAUCAUGAUCCGUAGAAUGUUCUCUCCUUUGAUCUUACGCAGAUUCAUCACAAUUCUUUAAUGCUCACUGUUCAUUGAGUUUUAGGAAGUGUUGACCCAAGGAUGGAAACUUUUGCAUCACCUUAGCUGCAGACAAUAGCCAACAAUGAAGCUGCAGACAUAGCUGCAGAGAUAUCGGCAGCCGAGGAUCCAAAUUCCUUUCACUAUAUUAAUGGAAAUCAGUAUUCCUUCAAUGGCACAAGAAACCUUUGGAGAUGAUUCACAACAAAAACAUCUUGAUCGCUUAAAAGAGCAAGUUCAUUUGGUUAAAAGGAAAGACUGUGAACGCUACGAGGUUGCUCCAAUCCAAAGCAAACUAUCAUUUGAGAAUGGUUUUUUUAUAGUGUUUCAUGCAUGCCAACUGUUGAUCCAGAAAAAUGAUGGAAUGAUAUUAAUAGGGGUGGGGGGUCCUUCAGGGGCUGGAAAGACUGUGUUUUCUGAAAAGAUAUUCAACUCCAUGCCUGACGUUGCGGUCAUUUCAAUGGACAAUUACAAUGAUUCUAGUAGAAUUGUCGAUGGAAACUUCGAUGACCCUCGCCUAACAGACUAUGAAACGUUGCUCAGAAAUGUACAUGAUUUAAAGGCAGGAAAGCCAGUUGAAGUUCCUGUGUACGAUUUCAAAUCCAGUUCACGUACAGGAUACAGGACGGUUGAAGUGCCGAGCUCUCGCGUUGUGAUUAUAGAGGGCAUUUAUGCUUUGAGUGAGAGAUUGCGACCUCUACUAGACCUUCGAGUAUCUGUAACAGGCGGUGUUCAUCUUGACCUUGUUAAACGAGUUAUACGUGAUAUACAACGUGCUGGUCAAGAACCUCAAGAAAUUAUCCAUCAAAUAUCAGAGACGGUAUAUCCAAUGUACAAGGCUUAUAUUGAGCCAGAUCUCCAAACAGCACACGUAAAAAUAACCAACAAGUUUAAUCCAUUUUUUGGAUUCCAAAGCCCUACUUACAUAUUAAAGUCAACCAGGAACGUAACAGCGGAUCAAAUUAAAGCCGUUAUCUCCCAAGAUUUUGAGGAAACAACUGAGCAAACUUAUGACAUAUAUCUUUUACCACCCGGUGAAGAUCCGGAGAGCUGUCAAUCAUAUUUACGGAUGCGAAAUAAGGAUGGGAAAUACAGUCUCAUGUUUGAGGAAUGGGUGACUGAUGAUCCAUUUGUCAUAUCACCAAGAAUUACUUUCGCGGUCAGUGUGCGUCUUCUUGGUGGACUAAUGGCCCUUGGAUACACAAUAGCAACUAUCCUUAAAAGAAGCAGUCAUGUCUUAUCUGAUGAUAGGGUUUGUGUUAAACUUGAUUGGCUUGAGCAACUAAAUCGACAUUAUGUUCAGGUACAGGGAAAAGAUCGAUUAGUUGUAACAUACAUAGCACAACAAUUGGAUUUGGAAGGUUCGUACGUUCCCCGUACCUACAUUGAGCAGAUUCAACUUGAAAAGCUUGUAAUGGCCAUGCCAGAUGAUUUAAAGACUAAGCUCAACCUUAAUGAGGAUUUGGUAACAAGUCCCAAAGCAGCAUUUUUUAGAACCUCUAAUGACGGGGUUCCCAUUAGACAUAAACGUAUAAGAAGUGAUACAUCGCAUUCAAGUACAAAUAAAAAAGAUGAGAAUGAAUCCAAAGUAACUGAAUUCGUUUCAAACAAUCGAGGACUUCAUGAAAAUAAUAAUUCAGAUUCUGAAACAAAACAAGAAAAUCAAGGUUCCAUUACUCAGCUUUCAGAACAAAUUUCAUCCCUGCAUGAUAGAAUGGACGAGUUUACAAAUCGUAUUGAAGAGCUGAACACAAAGUUAACCAUCAAGGAAAAAUCUCCAAGUCAACAAAAUAUGGACCUGCAAGCUGAGUCCUAUGAUGGUUCUGUUCCCACCUCUUGCCUCAUUACUAGUUUGAGUAAUGGUUCCCUAAAUGGAUCUAUUAUGUCAAAUCCCUCAUUGCCAUCACAAUUAGCUAAGGAGUCACCUUUAAGAAACGAGAUAUCAGAUAUUGCACAGGGUCAACGUCAGAUAAUGAAUCAGUUAGACAAUUUGAAUAAUCUUUUCUGUGGAAAUUUGGAAGAGAAGUAUCAUCAAACAAGAACCAACAGGAAAAGUGUAAUGGUGGCAGUGGCUAUUGGUUGUUUGGGGAUCUUCUUAAUGAAGGGUUUGUCAACCUGAAAUUCAUUUUUGUAAAUAUAAUCAAUGCUAUAUAGGCUAGUCUGUUUUUCUUCUAUUUCAUGACAUUUCAGAUUAUGUAGAAUGCAUUUUUUAGCAAAACAUGAAUUAUAAAUAGUUUCUAGGAUAAAAUCAUAGAUAAACUAUAAGCUCAGAACCAAAAUCUGCUUCAUCAAGAAUUCCAAGAAUAACCAAUAGUGACACCCAUCUCUUCAGCCAAUAGUGACACACAGCUACGUAGCCCAAUUGAUAGUGGGAAUGGAUUGAACACGUACUUGAACCCCAGGGUACAUGGUUCAAUUUCAACGGAAGGCAAAAACUCCACUAGAAAGGGGGGUGGAGAAGAUCGUGAGGUGACAGUGCUGGGACCACCUAAGGUGGUGGGGCCUGGGCUGUUACAUGUGCUAAUUGUUGUCAAUAUUGAUUGUUAAUAUUAUGCUAUAAAUAUGACAAAACCAGAUUAGGCUUGAGCUUUGCAAAACCUAACUCGGUCCAUCGGUCUGGUCCAUUUUCACUCCUAAUGAUGACUCGCCUUUCAUUUGCUAAGUCUACAUGAUUUCAAUGUUGUAAAAAUAUUUCUGGGGAU